CUGCCGGCUCCGCCUCUUCCCCUCCGGCCGCCGCCCCGCCCCGCGCCGGCCGCGAACCCAAACAGCGGCUCUCGCUGCGCGCGGCCGCGCGUGAUCGCCGCGCCGCCGAGCCCCGCGCGCCCGCCCGCCCGGCCCGGCCCGGCCCGGCCCCGCCGAGCGAUGCUGCUGCUGGCGGCCGCCUUCCUCGUGGCGUUCGUGCUGCUGCUCUACAUGGUGUCUCCGCUCAUCAGCCCCAAGCCCCUCGCCCUGCCCGGGGCGCAUGUGGUGGUUACAGGAGGCUCCAGCGGCAUUGGGAAGUGUAUUGCUAUCGAGUGCUAUAAACAAGGAGCGUUUAUAACUCUGGUGGCACGAAAUGAGGACAAGCUGCUGCAGGCAAAGAAAGAAAUUGAAAAGCACUCUAUUAACGAUAAACAGGUGGUGCUUUGUAUAUCAGUUGACGUAUCUCAAGACUACAGCCAAGUAGAGAAUGUCAUAAAACAAGCACAGGAAAAACUGGGCCCAGUAGACAUGCUUGUGAACUGUGCAGGAAUGUCGCUUUCGGGAAAAUUUGAAGACCUUGAAGUUAGCACUUUUGAAAGACUAAUGAGCGUCAACUACCUGGGCAGCGUGUACCCCAGCCGAGCAGUGAUCACCACCAUGAAGGAGCGUCGUGUCGGCCGGAUAGUCUUUGUCUCGUCCCAGGCAGGACAGCUGGGAUUAUUCGGUUUUACGGCCUACUCUUCGUCCAAGUUUGCCAUCAGGGGACUGGCUGAAGCUUUGCAGAUGGAGGUGAAGCCGUAUAACGUCUACGUCACAGUGGCCUACCCGCCCGACACAGACACCCCUGGGUUUGCGGAAGAAAACAAAACAAAGCCUCUGGAGACUCGGCUGAUUUCAGAGACCGUAUCUGUUUGCAAACCAGAGCAAGUGGCCAAACAAAUUGUUAAGGAUGCCAUACAAGGAAAUUUUAACAGUUCCAUUGGCUCAGAUGGGUACAUGCUCUCAUCCCUGACCUGUGGAAUGGCUCCUGUGACUUCUAUUACUGAAGGGCUCCAGCAGGUGGUUACCAUGGGCCUGUUCCGCACCAUUGCUCUGUUUUACCUGGGAAGUUUCGACAGCAUAGUCCGUCGCUGCAUGAUGCAGAGAGCGAAAUCUGAAGUUGCAGACAAAACUGCCUAAUUCUUACCCCAGGAGAAAAGACUGUUUCUAAAUAAUCUGAACAGCCUGCUGCUUAAAGGGACCCAGAUUGUGGCCUACAGCCACUUAAAUGUGUUGCUUUUGAAUCUGUGAGAUUGGACCAGCGCUCUUCAGAUACCUGGCUCAGGCGAGGGGAUAGAUGUUCAGCGCCAGGUGAUAAUAUUAAUACUAUGCAAAUAUGGAACGGGAGGCCCCUGAUUGUCUGAGGUGGAGACAUGAGGAUCGUAUGGGACCAAAGGGCCUGUGAGCAGGGGAAAGAACGUCAUUCCAGAGUGAUCAUUUACAUUUUUCUAUUUAUUCUCUUUUUCUUCCUCCACUGAGAUUAAGCCCAGAAAUGUACCUUAUGAUACAUAGGACAACGUCUCGAGGACAUUCUUAACCUUCCACGAAAGGCAGUCUGUGGGUUUUGGGAGCCUUUUUUUUUCCCCACUUCUUUUUAACGUGGUGUAUUUGAUUCAAGAGGAGUUUCACACAUUGCUGGAGAGUCUGAAUGCACGAGAGCGCCCCUGACUCACUGUGCUUCUGGUGGAAACUCGUGGCUUCUCUCUCUCUUUGAUCCCAUAAAACUACAGGGGGAUGAGAGAGGGCAGUGCAGUGGAAGGGAAGGAGAGAAGUAUCCUCCAGUAGGAAAAAUCACGCUUUCCUGCCUUCUUUAGAUAGACGCGAAUGCUUAGAGCACUUCUCAUUUUUCAUUCACGGGGAAAGGCAGCCUCCCCCAAUUUUUUCUGAAGAGAAAUAAAAUCUUAGAAGCUUAAAAGUUUACAAUUUCUUCAAUAGCCAUGGUGACGUGGAGCCCGCCCAUUCUGUUAGAGGGCUCUUUCCAUUCUUCCCAUCCCUUCCUUUCCAGUUUUGCUGAUACUGCUAUACUAUUUUUGUAAAAAAACAAAAACAAAACCAAAAAAUGACCAGUGAAAAUUUUUUGACUUGACUUUUUAAAUUAACUCAUGAAUUAAUUAAAACACGAAAAAACUCAGAAAAGCGUGACAUUCUUCUCGUAGCAUACAUGUAGCUUUUAGGAAAGGCUGAUGAGCGUCCGUGUACGGUUUCCUCAUUAAGAAAAAGAAGAUAGGACAGGGCCAAGCUCGCAGAUCCUCAUCUUGGCAAGAAAAUGAUCACCCAUCGUUUCUGUGACUCCUGCUGACCCAGAGAACCACCUUCUCUUCGUGCCCCAUGGUAAGGAAGCCCAGUUAUCACUCCUGUCACAUAGCCCUGGAGCCCUCUCGGCCCCGUGACUGCCGGUUUUAGAUCCCAAGCUCCGUUGCUCAGUUUAGUGGAUUUCUCAAUAAAGUGCCUCUGAUGAGUUUGGCCGAUGUUCCCUGCUUCACGCCAUCACUGUACUCGCUCCCCUGCUGAAGGCAAGUCACCUUCCUCAUAAUGCUACCCCCCUCCUCCUUGCAUACACAAGUAUGCAUAUACUAUGCAUACAAAAGAUUAAAGACUUAAAAAUUACAGCCAACCUUCUUUGCUCUUGAGUUUUUGGCCCUCUUGACUUCAAAAUGACUUCUUCUCUCUUUUUUUUUUUUUUUUUUUUUUUUAAGUAAGAUGUUUCAUGGCUUUAAUUCCUGGUGUUCUUUUAAUGAGGAUCUGGGAAUGGCAUACUUUAACACUGACAAAGAUAGAAGAAAUUAUUAUUGAAUAUAUACGUUGCUUGGAAUGACUCCAUUGCAGUUUGUGGGGGGUGGGUUGACGCCACAGUAUUUCCAUGAUUCUUUCAGUCUCAUACAGCCCUUGUUUAUUGUUUGCAAACUAUGUUAGGUCGUAUUUCACAGCCUCUGAGAGAGAGUAAUGACUGUGUCUCCUUAAGGUACAGAAAACAUUUAUGUUAAUAUCGGGGUGUUUCUCACUUGUAUUUCUUUCUCUCCUAAAUGUUCCUUGAAUAUCAGCACUUUCUACUGCUGGUCUAUAUGAAAAUCUAGUCCAAGACGGUGUCUCAUUUAAUACAGUUCACUAUUUAACCACAGUUGUUUCAAUAUCCACUUCUCAAGUUAUCCUCAUAGACUGUACUGUUAUGACCUCCAGGGAAUCUGCUACCUGAACAAAUUUAAGAGCCCCUGUUCCAUGGUGGGAACUAUUAUCCCCAGCCCAAUGGAAGCUCUCUCACGAGAGCAGACUUUGUUUAGACCAAAAUGUCAGGGAAUGGGCUUUUUUUGUCAGAGAUGUCAAAGGGCCAAAGCUCUGUAUCCAGAAAGCUUUGAAAACUAAGGUGGUUUUUUUUUUUUUUUCUCUUUCUAAAUUUAGUGCCAUUAUUCAUUUGAUAGCCAAAUCUGAUGUAUUAUAGUUUUGAUUUAUCCAUUUCAUCUACUACUCCUUUUUCCUGAAGAGACAUUAGUGGGUUUAAUUGUAGGUAUUGCCCCGGAUUCUGUGGAGAUGGCCCAUAAUAUCCAGUGUAUGUCCCAUAUACCUUUUCCAAAUCUAACAAAUUAAGAAAUCUGAAACACAUCUGGCCCUAAGGGUUUGGUAAAGGAUUAUAGAAAUUCAGCAGCAUCACGCAAAGAUCUGACUUCAUCCGAACAUGAAAAUAGGACAAAGGCAAAUUCUAUUUUUUAUCUUUUUUGGCUCAAUUUUUAUUCAUUUUUUUUUUUUUUUUUUUACGUAGACUUGUGUUUUUGCUCAGGGGAAGGAAAACAAAAAACCAUGAGUCAGAUUGUUCAGGAAGCUAUUGGCUUUUUUUUUUUUUUUUUUUUUUUAAAGGGGUCAUUGAUUCAACAGAAGUGUCUAUGCCUUACCUGUGGCAGAAAGAGUUUAAUUACAAUUCUGAUGAAAUGUUGGCUUUCUGUUUGUAGCCAACAACAGUUUUUUAUGUGAGUGUUGGUUCUAAAUCUUGUCUCUGCCGGCUUUGGUUUUACUGUUUUGUUAUAGCGUAUUUGCGAGUAUAUUUAUUUAAAAAUGCCUGAUGUCAUUCAUCCAUAGAAAUACCAAAAUAUAUUCAAGGACCCUUCAUUACUGAAAAAGGUUUAAAAAAGGUUUUUGUUUUUUUUUUUUACAAAAAAACCAAGUCAAGGUAAUUGUUCUUUUCUGUAUUUUUUAAUAAUUAAUUUUCAAAGCUGAGAGAGAGAGAAUUAAAAAUGCUGUCCAUAAUGGCCUCUUUACGUUAAUACCUAUAUACGUUUAGUUAUAAAUCUGUUUGUUAAACCGUAUAUUGUCUAUUCUUGGAAGUGAAACAUUGAGAGACCGUUUCUAAUAUUUAGAUGACAAAAACAUUUAGGAAAUAGUUGCUUCAAUUCAAAGAAUUGUACGACUUUGUCUUUCUAGAAGAAGGCAAUACCAUGAUAAUUUUUUUUACUGAAUUAUAUCAUCAACAGAUUUAAUUUUAUUAUGUCAUGUUCUAAUUUAACCAUGUCUUACUCACACGAGGACACUUUUAAAUAUUCAUAGUUUUUGACAUGUGAUGCUUUGUAUCUUUCUCAUGUCCUUAGUUCUUAUUAGUAACUCAGUUUUAAAAAGUACAUACUAAACAUAACCUUCCAUAUCCUGGACUAAACCUUGCUUAGUUCACUGCAGUGAUGGCAGAUUUGAUAUUUUGAAGAGGAGUUAAUAGCUAUUAUAUUUUACACUUGCUUGAUGGGGCAACUUUAAAGACAUUUUUAAAGUGUAAGAAUGCACAUGGCUAUUUUGAUAUAUAUUAGAACUUGUGUUUGCUACUUUGGAAGCUUUUGUGGCAGAAUUGUAACCUAAUUUUCAUAUCUUGUAUUUCUGAAUCACAACAAAAAAAUAAAGGGGGAACAAGCUUUA